AUGCGACGGCGGGAGGCGAAUCGGUUGCCGCCGGCGCCGGCUUUUGCCCCACCCCAGCCGGUAGAGGGUCCCAGGGAGCAAGCCUUGAACCUUCUGAAGCGUAUGAGGCCGGAUGAGCUCAUGGCGAUAGGCGAGGCCGCCACUGCGUUGGCGAAGAGGAAGAUGGAUGACAGGAAAAAGAUCGCGGCGUUCGCUGAAAAGCACGACAAUUUCGUCGAGUUGGUGGAGGACUGUUAUAUCUGCCUCGAGCCGCUCCUGAACAACAUCGGCACGACCAAGUUCGGAGUCGUGAGCUGGAAGUGUCGCUGCACCGUGCCUCAGAAGGCGCAUUCGCGAUGCGUCUUCUCCAAGAUCUGCCACGCUACCAACGGGCAGGGAAAGUGCGACAUGUGCAACUCCCCCAUGGAGUUCGAGAAGACUACGCGGAAGGGCACCCACGCCAUGAUAAGGUUUCACCGCGACGAGACGGACAAGGACGCCGCCAUCAGCAACGAAGAGGAGGAAGAGAGGGAGGAGGAGGAGGAGGAGGAUAGGGAGAGGGAGGGCGAUCAAGAGGAGGAGGAGGAGGAGGAGGAGAGGGACCUGGAGGGAGAGCAGGAGCAAGAGGAGGAGGAGGAGGAGGAGGAGGAGGGAGGGGAAGUACCCCAAGUGUUUGUGAGUCUUGAAGACCAAGAGUUUGUUGACGAACGCGAAUCACCCGUCGCAGACGAUUUCGACGGAACGGGGUGGUGGGCGUCGUGA